UGCUAUUAUCAGCUUAUGUACUACACCAUGGCUUACAAAAAGGGAGGAAAAAUGACAGUGUAACGUGUUGCAUCACUAUUUCCUUCUUAUGGUAUUCGAGAACUCCUUUUAGUAUUGACCAAAGUGCAUAUCGAUAUUUGAGCUUUUGGUUUUGUUUAUUUGUUCUUAGAGUUUGAUGAUGGAGCAUUAUUAUAAAUCUCCCCCUAAGCAUUCUUCUUAAAUCUUAAUACUUCAAAGAAGUAAAAGGAAAAUGAAUUGUGUGUCUUAAAAUAUCAAAAAGGUUAUUACUUCUUCAUAUAUUACUAUAUUAGUAAUUGAGAGGAAAAACAAUUUAGAUAAAUUUAAAUAACAUAAGGUUUGGAUGUACUAUUUUAUGUUUGAUAAUAAUUGAUAAAAAAUAAAAUAAACAUAGUGAUUCUUAAGUACUUUUAGCUGUCAAUAAUGAUCAUUACAAGUUACAAUGUUGGUUCCCCGUGAUCGUUUCAUUACAAUAAAUUCACAUUGGUCUCAUCGAAGAACCAACAUAUUAUCCAUUACCCUUAAAACCAUAACGGAAGAAGAAAACUUUGCUGUAUUAUCAAUUGCAAUAAAACAAUAAUGGCCUCUUCUUUUGCUUCUGCGGCAUCAACCACUCCUUCAGCUAUUAUUUCUCCCAAUUACAUUUGCAAAUGCUCUUCAUCAUCUUCGUGUAUGCUCUCUUUCCACCUUUCUCAUAAAACCAUGUUACCAUUGUUCACCAAGGUACCACCACCUAGUCGGAUCGUAUUGCCUAGAGUUAAGGUCGAACCUGAUGAUGUUAGUAUCUUUCAUUGGCCCUCAAUUGAAAAUGCGCUUUCGGAGGCAUUAUAUCACCUCUUGAACAAGCUUUUGGGCUCCAUUUUUGUCUCCAAAAUUACAACGAUCGAUAGUUCCUCAAAUGCUACGGUUGAUAACAAAACCAUUUCAGAGGUAGCAAGGAGUGUAGACAAUGAUGCCAAGACAAGAUCAAGUGAAGGAGUUUUGGCAACUGAAGAAUCAAUCUCUAAUUUUAUAACUCAUGUUGCUAGCCUUGUCAAGUUGGUUGAUUCAAGACACAUUGUAGAAUUACAAUUGAAGAAGCUUGACUGUGAAGUAAUAAUAAGGAAACAGGAGGCUAUGCCUCAACCACAAGCUCCUACCGAGGUUGCCAUGUUGAAUUGCCACCACACACCUUCGCCACCACCGGUAGUGUGACCUAUCCCACAUGAUCCAACCUUCCUGGUGAAUCUAUGAUAGCACUAGAAUAGAUUUAUAACUAUCUAUCAAUGCAGAAGAUAGAUUAAUUGAUUCUUGAAAACCAAUUAUUGUAAAAAGUGAAACAACAGUAUCUUAGCUUCUCAUCCUCACGCAAACAUCAGAAUCUUACCAAAUUUAAGAGGAGUUUCCAAUGCACAUUCCUUGAA